GCAACCUACUCCGUCCAAACAGCUAACGUCUCCGUGGGUUAUAUAAAUAAUUUGUAGCAGAGGACUUAAACUUUAUUUCCAAUUAGCCGCUUUAAAAGCUCGUGAUGACGGAGAACUUGGUAAAGCAAAGGAAUUAUUGGAAGCGUCCAAGUGUAUUGGUGAAGCGAUUGUCAAUAUUGAAGCUGGUAAAGAAACAUUCGAUCCUGAAACCGACUUACCUCUACCACCAUCGGAAUACGAAUUUUCUGGUGAAGAUAAAGAGAAUUCAAGUGAAGCUGUCAUCGCACCGCCACCGACACCAGCGAAACAAACAGUCCCAGAUAUUAUGAAGACGCCUAUUAUCUGCUCAGAAAAUAUUUUGUCAUCAUUAAGGAAAAGAUGAAAGAAAUAGGCGAUGAUCCGUCACAAGAUUCAAAAAGACGUCGUUACAAUCGUAUUCUUAAUCGAUAUGAAGGAUUACGCGCCUGUGAAAAUGGAUAUACUUCCUUUGAAUUUGAAGAACUAGUUCCUCCUCCAGGUUAUCCUCCGUUAAAUGAUUGUUCUAAAAUAUCUAAAGGUGGAAAAUCCACUAGUAGUAAUGAAUCUAAAGCAGCUUUACCAAAGCCUAGUUCUGGACAAGUUUCAGGAAAAAGUAAAUCUGAGGCUGUUGUUACACUUUCAACUAAACGUCAGGAUGAAUUAAAAGAAGCUGCUAAACUUGCUAAACAAGCAGGUAAUAUUGAAUUGGCCAAAAAGUAUAGACGAUCAUCCCUGGGAAUGAAUCAAAUGAUACAAGCUGCUGAGGCUGGUUUUCCAGUUGAUUUAUCCCAGUUGCCACGACCGCCUACACUUAAUGAAUCUGCCGCAUAUAAGCCAAUUUUAAGCGGAUCAAACUGUGAUCCACCUGUGAAGUAUGCAGUCGCCCUCAAAACAUCUUCGGGCGAUCAUCUAGUUCAGGUGUAUUCAGAAAUUUUAUCAGAACAAGAAAAGUUGGUUAAUCAUAUGAUAACUGAACAUCGUCGUAAUGGCGAUCAGUCUAUCAUUUCAAAACUAUCUGAUCUAAUGAGUGUUAAUACAUGCAUAAAGAAACUAUUAUAUAAGCAUAGUCAUCAAGUCGGUAUACUAACACCUUACUUUGAAUAUGCUAAUUUGCCAAAAUCAAAUAUUAAUGCUGAACUGGGUGAUGAUGUCCUCGAGGUAACUGUUCUCCGUGGCAUAGCAUAUCCACUUCCAUCGCAUUAUUCUCAUAUUGAUACAUAUGUUGAUGUGGAAUUAUACAUCAGUACAUCUAGUCCAUCAAUGAAAUUAUCCACUAAUAUUACUAAAUCUAGUUGUGAACCUGUUUAUAGUCAAUCGGUUAAAGAAUUCCGUGUAAAUACAAAAGGUCAGAUAUAUAAACGUUUUGUUCAAAGUAAUCGUUGUUUAAAAGCAACAGUAAGUUAUAUUAUACUGCAAUUAUUAAUAUUAUUAUAAUUAGUUGUCAUUUCAUAGUGUCUAUCUUUGUGUUGUGUUUCUUGUUGUCAUAGACGAGCAAGUAGUCAUAUCUAUCAAUGUUCUAUAAUUCUAAUAUGCGCAUAAAUUCACUUUCUUCGAUUGUCUGUGCUGCUACUAGGUGGUGUUUCCAAAUUCAGGUGUUAGUUUCCAGGGAUUUGAUUAGUUUCAAAUUUGAUCACGAGCUGACAUCAGUUAGGAGACUACUGAUAACUCAGGGAAUACUGGACACCCUUCGACAGUACGCAUCUAGCACCUUCCGAUUACGAGGCGAACCCGCUGAC